AUGUCUCACGUUAAAAAGCUCCACCUGCCUCGCCCGACAGCUGGCAUCAAGACUGACGUUUGGAAUCUCCCAAACGAGAUAGAAUCACAGAUAACAACGUUAGCGGCCGUCCUCCAGGUCCAGCAGCAACAGCGUACUCCCCUUGCAAGAGAAGAGGAAGAGGACGAAGAAGAAACUGACGAUGAAGGUACCCCCAACGAUGAGCAACUGAGAAACCAUGAACUUGGAUCGUCGGCCGUCGUCGCUCCCUUAGCUUCAGAAAAUACAAAGAACUUGAGAAGAUGCUUUCUGGAUCAACUGGCUGAGUUAUUGUGCUAUAAGAAAGAUGCACAUUAUGUGACCUGCACGUAUCUACGGGAAGGAGUAGACGAGGUUACUAUACUCGCGUCACGGAACGCUGCUUGGGAAGACAAGGACAUUAGGCUCUUAGAAAGCUUGGCAGGCACGUUGGAGCAACUUGCAGUAAGAGAUCCUUUCAACCUGGAUUUCAAGCCGGACUUGGAUAGAGAAUUUAGCGAAUACUAUACCCCACGCUUGAAAUACCAUGUCAAACAACUCGUCAAUUCCUUAGAAACGGUAAAGAGAGAGACGGGCCUGGUCGACUUCUUAAGGGACUUUCUUUCCCGACGCAUCUCGUCAAAAGUCCUUGUCGAUGGAGUCAAGAGCACUUACGCCAAUAUUGACUUCCGUUCCAGGAUCGAGGCAUUGCCAAAAGCAAAUAAGAUAGUGCGAGAGCUGGGUUAUAUUCUUCGCCCUAUAGUCGCCGCCGACACCUUUGAUAAAGCCGCGCGCGAGAUCUCAAACUUUCAGCGGGUCAAAAUAGAGCUCCUGCCUGGCGUAUCCCGAACACCACAGUAUCUUGGCAUUAGCAAGAAGACCUGUUUCAUGUGCGGUCAUUUCCUACAAUGUUUAUCACGAUUUCAAGCGCGUAACAAUCAUGGAAAGGUGUACUCGCAGUGGAGACUGCCGAAAUCGCUUAUCAUGCCGCUAAAGUACUGUGAGACACUGGACAACGCUGCUCGAAACCUCCGAGAUGUGAUGCAACGUGAAUGUGCUCUAGGACGGGACUACCAUAUUGCUGCAGUCAAAGAAUCAACUAUCUCAUCUCCAGUUGCACCACAACACAUGCGUAUCUGGUCACCGUUUUCUCGCCAUGUACCGGACCCUAAAUUACAAGCAAGAGAGUCGGAGUGGCUAUCACAUCGCAGUCCGAGAGAGAUAGCUGUCAGUCUUGGACGACCAAUAGAUGAGGUGGAUCGUUUCAUCAUUGCAUGCCAGACACAUGAAUCGCCCAAAGAUAAUGACGUUGCUAAGGCCUUCGGGAUCCUUUACUUCACAUCGGCGGCUGAUCAACAGAGACUUUUUGAGUUGUACUGCAGCCUUGUUAAUGAUUGGGGUGUGGGAGAAGAAGAGCUUCGAGAGGCAUGGCAGCAAAAUAAAUUGAAGGAAUUCAUCCUUUUCCGAAGCUCCCAGAUACCAUCUACUUGGAUUCACAAUGAGAGCCAUUGGAUAAGUCAGCAGGAUGGCUUUGCUGCCAACAAAGAGACUGAUUUCAAUAUCGUAUUUGAAUCUCAAAAACAUGUGCUCAAGCCCGAAGAUCAGCAAGUUCCAUAUCAGCUGUGGAAGCCACGGGAAAAGCUCGAAGCCUAUGUGUUUCUUUGCCAUAUUCGAAAUGGAUACAUCCCCGGCGCCGACGAGGACAACUGGAUUUGCCUUGGAUUCUGCACAGCUCGGGAUGACGGCGAAACCCAACAAGUGGCGAAGCUAUACAGAGAGCUCCUAGAUACAUGUGUAUUCGAAGAGUUCUGGAAGGCCAUGGUAGAGUCGAAGAUGGUUGACCUGUUCAGAAAGUACGGACUUGGCGAUGCCAUCGCAGAAUUGCGGAAUUUCGAGACCCUUUUGAGCGCUGUCGGAGAACGACGCACCAGAGUGUAUGGGAAUUGA